UUGUUUUUCUUUCUGUCCGUUUCCUGCGCCUCCUCAGUUCUUAUCGAACGAAUUUUGAAGUUUCCCUGGCCAUCGAUCCGUUUUGGGCAUUGACUCCGCGUUUCCCUCUAUCCUCACAUCGUCCCGUCUUGUGACUGGCCUGCGAAAAGUGUUUUCAUUCACAAGCAACAGCAGCGUACAGCCGAGAGCGCAUAUCAAAGGCAGAUUGUGAACAAACGUGCAUCGCAGGAAAAGGCUAGUGUCGGAAAAUUGAUUUUUUCCUCACGGUUUUUGUGAGCAGGGGAAGAGUUUUUCGUCGUGUGAAAAUUGGUGUUUAACGACCAAGCGAAACGGAUUUUGGAAAUAGUUUUACGAGACUGUUGGCAGGAGUAGAAAAUGGAUGCGUUAAUGGACGAAGUGGAAUCGUUGGAGGCGAUUCUGAUGGAGGAUGUUGCUAUUACUCGGAACAGUGGUGGCAUUCCGGAGAUGAUAGAAACAACCGUGUUUCCCACGGUAGGCGAAGAGGUAGACAGUCAGUAUGUGUGCAUCACGCUGCAGGUACUUCCAGGACCGGGGUAUCCGGAUGUGAAACCGAGUAUAAAAUUGAAAAAUCCUCGCGGGCUGGAUGAUCACAUAAUCAACAGCAUCGAUGCAGCGGUGAAGCAAAAGCUGGACGAAUCCGUGGGGCAACCGGUGGUGUUCGAUUUGAUCGAUCUCAUUCGGGAACAGUUGACGGAAAGCAAUUUGCCAUCGGGGCAGUGUGUUAUUUGUCUGUACGGAUUCCAGGACGGGGAUGCCUUUACGAAAACCAUGUGCUAUCACUAUCUGCACAGUCACUGUUUGGCGUGCCAUUUGAAUGCUUCGAAGCGAAACUACGACGAGGAGUUGGCAAAAAUGCCGGUUUGGAAGCAGAAGGAAUCCAAACCAUAUCAGGCCCUGUGUCCGGUUUGUAGGGAACCGAUCGAGGUGGACGUUGAGCCUUUGACAAAAUGUAGACCGCCGAGAGAGCUGGCAAGUGCUCCCAAGUUUCGUUUGACCGACGAGCUCAAAUCGCUGCAGGCACAAAUGAAUCGGCUCUAUUUGCAUCAGAAGAGUCGUGGUGGGAUUAUAGAUUUGGACGCGGAGGAAGGCAAUGUAAUUGCAAUCGAAACGGAGAAUGCCAACAGUGAGUCAUCGAAAAGCACAAACGAAACCUCGCAGGAUGGCACUGCAUCUGAGCACCCACCGGUGCAACAGCUGCAGAAGCAGAACAAUGCAUCGUCGAUGAGUAGUUCCACACAGCACGAUCGCGGAAACACUUCGCGACAUUCCGGGGCAGGCCCCGGAGGCAGUCGAGGUUUUCAAGGAAACCGCUUAAAUCGGCCUCAAAAUGGACCUCCCGGCGCUUCAGCAGACGCCGAUGCGGCCCAGUCUCAGCAGCACAAUUCUCAUCACCACUAUCGCGGAGGAGGUGGUCAUCGUCACCGUCGUGGCGGUCAUCACCAUCAUCACCAUCACCACGGAGGUCGCCACGAGCGUGGUGCGGCCGGCUCCGGAAGUGGUAACAGCUCCGCCGGUCCCGCUGGCCAGAAGAACUUAAACAAUCCUUGCGCAUCCGGUGCUAGGUGACAAUUGUUGCCCCCGGAACUGGAACAGUGGAGCAGAGCUCUGGAAGCACUGGAGUUGAAGCAACAGCACCAGAAUCCACAUCAGAUGCUCCUCGAUAAACCAGCAAGAACAGCAGCAAAUUUCGAUCAACAUAAUCAGCGCCGCCACGAUCGAACCUCCGCAGUACUGCUGGAUGACACUUCAACCCGGCGGCAACGGUUGCUGAUAUAACAUUUGGCCCAAGGUAAGCUCGUACAACUUUCGCACGAUAUCGAUAUCGCUAAAUAUUCAGCCACCCGGUCAAACACUUUAUCCACUAGUAGCACUUGUACCCGGAAAACCAGUGACGAAGAUCAAGAUAUUCGUAGUCCUAGAUGUAAUAGCCAAUCAAAUUGUAUAACUCUUACUCAAAACCAACAACCACGUAAACGCAUACGACUGAUUAGAAUAUCAUCCCUUUGUCCGAGCGUGCCAAUGACGGUGGCGGCGGUCAACAGCAAGAUACUGAUGCUGUUGUUGUUGGCACUGCUGGACGUUUUAAUAAGUUUUGUACGAACCUCCUGUCAUCGGGCUGUCGCCGCCCUCGCGGUGCAAGUCCCGUUCAAUAUAUUCAAUUAUCGGCACUCGAGUCGAUCGUCUAGUGCUGCAAUAACUACUACUAUUACAACUACUACUACACUGAUUUGUGAUAUUUUGUAACGGCGUUUUUUUUUUGUCGGUAGUGCAGUGGGCAUUUUCAAUGCGUGAGCUUGUAGAAUGCGUUACAGAACAGAUGAAAAAUUGUUAGGAUAGUGUGUUAUCAAAACGAAAAGAUUAGUACUCGAGAUUGCAUCAACUGUGUGUUGGUUUAUUUCUAUCUAAAAGACUUCUGCCGCAGGUCGUUUAAGCUACUGAAUUAACCCUUGAAUACUUCAGCACUUUCCCCUAGAAAACCUAUAAAUAUAACUAUUUGAAAAUAUCCCAAAAUUUCAAAUUUAUUUCAAAUUUAACUAAAAUUCUUAAUCUUUUUCAGUUUAGGUUCUCAGGGUGGCUAGCAAACCGGGA